UAUAUUCGCCUUGCUAUAUCCGAUAUCCGAUUCCCUCGCAUCUCUCUCCUCUUCAGUCUCUCUCUUCUUUUCUCUUCCUACCUCCACUCUCCAACCUAUCUCCAACUUGAAUUUUCUCGUACUUUCCGAAUUCUUACCCCAUAAGAAUAAGAAUUCUUCUUCCCCCCCCUUCCGAUCGACUCGUCGCCCAAUUUGGUAGCUACUUCCAAUUCCGCCCCUUCCUAAUUUAAUCCAUUGCCGUCUUUGUUCUCAAGUGUGUGAUCUUUAAUCCGCUUUCUUUCUUCGAUUUGGGCGCAAUCUGUGGAACUUGAGGUUUUGGGUUUUGAUCGGAUUUGUUGUUAGUUUUUUUUUUUCAAAUUCCUCUUUUCGCCUCGGUCUUUGCGAUGAAGAUCGAGGAAUUGGAUGACUUGGAGUGUAGUCGAGACGACGGCUUUUCCGGGAGUCAGAUGGUGAAAGUUGACGCGAAGAGAGCGCUCGUCGGAGCAGGGGCUAGGAUCCUAUUUUACCCGACCCUUUUUUAUAAUGUGCUCCGGAACAAGAUCGAGGCUGAGUUCAGAUGGUGGGACGAAGUUGAUCAGUAUCUGCUGCUGGGUGCAGUUCCUUUCCCAAAAGAUGUUCCACGGUUGAAGCAGCUUGGUGUUGGUGGCGUUAUCACUCUGAAUGAACCUUAUGAAACUUUGGUUCCGACUACCUUGUAUCAUGAACAUGAGAUUGACCACCUGGUAAUUCCCACAAGAGAUUACCUCUUUGCUCCCUCAUUUGUGGAUAUCAACCGAGCUGUGGAGUUCAUUCAAGAGAAUGCAUCUUGUGGAAGAACUACUUAUGUUCACUGUAAAGCUGGGCGAGGAAGGAGUACAACUAUUGUUCUCUGCUAUUUGGUGAGGUAUAAGCGCAUGACACCUAUUGAUGCCCUGGAAUAUGUGCGGUCUAGAAGACCUCGGGUUCUGCUCGCCCCCUCGCAGUGGAAGGCUGUUCAAGACUACAGCAAACUCCAAACAUCUACAAUGUUAUGCUUUCCUCCAGGGGAUGCAGUUCUGAUAACGAAAGCUGAUCUCGAAGGAUAUCAUGGCAAUUAUGAUGGUGAUGCUGGUAAGCAACUGGAAAUCGUCCCCAAAGUUUUGAAGGCUCGGCCAAUGAUAGCAAGGUUAUCAUGUCUAUUUUUUGCAUCCUUGAAAGUCUCCGGUGGUUGUGGACCAGAACCUAGGCGGUUACCCGUGCCAGAGGCACGGGCUUGCUAGGCCUCACACGUCACAGAUAUGCAAGUAUUUGGUUACUUUUGCAGAAGAGCAUUAUGGAUGUAAAGUUCAGGAUUUUUAUCCAUUUGCCACUGCAGCGGUAGUGUUGUGUUUAAGAGGGGACGGAAAAAGGGCUAGAGUUCUUCAAGAUUGUGUAUAACGCAGUAUUGAAUGGAUGAAGCAAUGACUUUGCUGUAGCUUUGUGUUUGAGAGAGAGAGAGAGAGAGAUGAGAGCCGAGAGUUUUCAAGAUUAUGUAUGACACGCUACUGACGGGUGAGACGACCUGCAGUUCCACUUGUAAAUAAAAUACUUGUAUCUGUCUAAUUUUUCUUAAUUUCCCCAAUCUUUUUGCUCAAAUACCUCUCCAUGGGUUGUGUACCGAUGGAACAAUUUUCUUCGUAAUAUCAAAUAAAUUAUUGUUGACUUUGAA